AUGGCAGAACAACACGAACACAUUCCUUAUGAAGUCCCAGAACUUGGCGAAUUGCACUGGAUCCGUACACCGCCCAAGAUCUUCUUUGAACCGCAUGCUAUAAGAUACCUUGCCGAGUUGAAGGACCUUUCUAAGAUCUUUAUUGUUUCUGACCGAAUGAUAUACAAACUUGGUUAUGUCAACAGAGUCAUGGACAUCUUGAGAAGAAGAAGAUUCAAUGUCGAGAUAGAAAUCUAUAUCGACGUCCCAACUGAACCUACUAUCCACGCUGUAGAAGAAGCUCUUGAAGUCAUGAGAACAUUUGGCCCAGACAACAUCAUUGCUCUUGGUGGCGGAAGUGUGAUAGACGCAGCUAAAGUGAUGUGGAUGCUCUUCGAACAUCCAGAGAUCCCUAUCACCGAAAUCCCAACACGUUUCCAUGGGCUGAUGGACGAUGUCUUUAAAAACCCAAAGACUGGCAAGAAAUCAAGACUCAUUGCAGUCCCAACAACUUCGGGAACUGGGUCAGAGGUUUCCCCCUUCUGUAUUUUGGUCGACGACAAAACCAAGAAGACAUACCCAUUGUCAAAUUAUUGCUUCAUCCCAUCAGUCGCUAUUGUUGAUCCAGAAUUCACUAUCACGUUGCCUAAAAGAACUAUCGCUGAUAACGGACUCGACAUCUUGUCACACUGCAUCGAGGCGUACACCUCAAAGUACUCGAGCGACUACUCAAACAGCUUCGCGUUGGAAGCACUUCAAAUGAUCUUCAAAAACUUCAGGGGAAGUUACAACGGUGAACACGGUGCAAGAUUCAAUAUGCACAACGCAGCGACUAUCAGUGGAAUGGCUACUGCUAAUGGAUAUAAUUGUGUCAUCCACGCUUUGGCACACAAAGUCGCCGACCAUUAUCACAUCCACCACGGUAAAAUCGCAGGCAUACUGUUACCAUAUGUUGUCAGAUUCAAUGGAAGUUUUGUUGAGGAAAAGUACAAGACUAUUUGCUUGAGAACUCACAUCCCAUUGGAUGGAAAGAACGGGACAGAGGCACUGGCCCAGAAAUGCGAACAGUUGUUGAAAGAGACCGAGAGCACAACAAAAUUCAGAGACUUGGGAAUUGAGAAAGAUGACUGGGAACAAAAGAUCCAAAUUAUCGCCAAUGACGCAGUAAAAUUGCAGGACAACGGGUUCAACGCAAAGGUAGCAACCGUUGAUGAACUUCUCAGCAUUCUUAGAGCUGCAUAUUAA